AGUUUUCUGUGUAUUUUAGUGCUAUAGACUGCAAUUCCAAAUUAGACUUGCUUUUAGUAUAUCAUUUUACACCGUUGAUCUAUAAUUCAUUACCUGAGCACGCCAGGGGAGGCGGUGUGUGUGGAUUGUACACUGGUAAACUACUUGGUGAAACUAUACUUUGUAUUUUUAGCAGGUAUAAUUAUAUUUAAAGUCAAGCAAGGCUUAGUUUUGUGCCUGAUUUUCUUUGAAAAUAUGGAUUUCUUAUCUGAGGGUUGCAGUUGAUGAUGUUUUAAUACUAUGUUAAUAUGUUUGCUGCUGCUACCAAGAGCUUUGUCAAACAAGUUGGAGAUGGAGGGAGAUUAGUUCCUGUUCCAAGCCUCAGUGAGGCUGACAAAUACCAACCUCUAAGUCUGGUGGUAAAAAAAAAGCGAUGCUUUCUGUUUCCUAGAUAUAAAUUUACCUCAACACCUUUUACACUGAAAGAUGUUCUUCUAGGAGACAGAGAAAUUUCAGCUGGUAUUUCGUCUUAUCAGUUACUGAAUUAUGAAGAUGAAUCAGAUGUCUCACUCUACGGAAGGAGAGGCAACCAUAUUGUGAAUGAUGUUGGGAUUAACGUUGCUGGAUCAGAUUCCAUUGCUGUAAAAGCUUCGUUUGGUGUAGUAACCAAACACGAAGUGGAAGUAUCAACGUUACUCAAGGAGAUCACUACACGAAAAAUUAAUUUUGACCAUAGCUUGAUACGUCAGUCAAGGAGCAGCAGAAAGGCGGUAUUGUGUGUGGUCAUGGAGAGCAUUCGAACCACACGACAAUGCUCACUGUCUGUGCAUGCUGGCAUUCGUGGGGAAGCCAUGCGGUUUCAUUUUAUGGAUGAACAGAAUCCCAAGGGAAGGGACAAAGCCAUUGUUUUUCCAGCACACACAACCAUAGCUUUCAGUGUUUUUGAACUCUUCAUUUACUUGGAUGGUGCCUUUGACCUUUGUGUCACUUCAGUGUCAAAAGGAGGAUUUGAAAGGGAAGAAAGAGCAACGUUUGCACUGCUCUACAGAUUGAGAAAUAUACUAUUCGAGAGAAACAGAAGAGUGAUGGACACCAUUUCUCGUUCACAGCUUUACUUAGAUGAUCUUUUUUCUGACUAUUAUGACAAACCCCUCAGCAUGACUGAUAUUUCACUCAAAGAAGGGACACAUAUCCGAGUUAACUUACUUAAUCACAACAUUCCAAAAGGACCUUGCAUACUCUGUGGAAUGGGGAACUUUAAAAGGGAGACGGUUUAUGGGUGCUUCCAGUGUUCUGUCGACGGGCAGAAGUAUGUGAGACUUCAUGCAGUUCCUUGUUUUGAUGUCUGGCACAAGAGAAUGAAAUAAAAUGAAAAAUGAAUGUA